UUCGUCUGUUUGUUGAAGGCCAGAGCAAUCGAUCGGAAGACACGCGAAUGUCUGUUAUGAUCGUAUUUCUACAGCAAAAGUCUUUUAAACAUUAUAAUGGCACUUAGAAGAGCUCUGCAUUUUGUGUUUAAAGUAGGAGAUAGGACCAAAACUGCCACUUUUUACAGAGAUGUCUUAGGAAUGAAGGUUCUGCGUCAUGAAGAAUUUGAGGAGGGCUGCAAGGCGACCUGCAAUGGUCCAUAUGAUGGAAAGUGGAGUAAAACCAUGGUGGGAUUUGGACCAGAAGAUGACCACUUCGUUGCAGAGUUGACUUAUAAUUACGGAGUGGGUGAAUACCGCCUCGGAAAUGACUUUUUGGGUUUAACUUUGCAGUCUAGUCAGGCUGUGAGUAAUGCAAAGAGGUUAGGCUGGAAUCUUACUCCAGUUGGAGAUUCCCUGUACAUGACAGAAGCUCCAGGAGGAUAUCGCUUUUACCUUAUAGACAAAGAUCAGCCAAACUGUGAUCCUGUCCAGAAAGUUUCCCUGGCUGUGUCUGAUCUGCAACGUUCUGUUCAUUAUUGGUCUUCCCUGCUGGGAAUGAAAGUUAUUGAGAAAAACGAGGACAAAAAGACUGUCUUGAUGGGAUUCUCAGAUAAUCAGUGUAAGCUGGAGCUUCAGGACAUUGGAGGCAAAGUGGAUCAUGGAACUGCUUUUGGUAGGAUCGCAUUUGCUUGCCCCCGAGAUCAAUUACCAGGCAUUGAGGGCUUAAUGAAAAAAGAAAACCAUAAAAUCCUCACCCCACUCGUGAGUCUAGACACACCUGGAAAAGCCACGGUGGAAGUUGUCAUUCUUGCAGAUCCUGAUGAUCAUGAGAUAUGUUUUGUGGGAGAUGAGGCAUUCAGACAGCUCUCUGCAAUGGACCCCAGUGGAAAUGAAUUACUGGAUAAGGCAAUGGCUGCAGAUAAAAGUGACGAGUGGUUUGCCAAACACAACAAACAGAAAGCUUCAGUAUAAAGACAUAAUUGAGACUGCUUGAAAAGAAUCAAGAUGUCCAGACAGUCAGCUAAAUGUCGUCACUGUUUUCUAAUUUAAAUUCAGUUGUUUUAUAAAACUGAAAAAAAAAUUGCAUUCUUUAAAUCCUAAACACAUGAAUGUUUCUACUUCUGUCCAAUAUAAUAAAUAUGUAUUGUGUAUAAAUAACUAAAUUAAGCCAAUAU